AUGAUACACAGACUUUAUCAUUCGACAAAGUCGACAACAUCAUCAUCAUCAUCGUCAGGCCAGCAAACACCAAAUAAGGCAUUGUCCGCGGAGAAUCUCAGUCCAUCAUUGUCCGAGGCUCACACAUUCUCUCAACAACAACAGCAGCAACCGGCAAAUAUAACAUUGACACAGAUAAUCGCUUGUACACAAUACCUUGAGACCAAGGCAGCCAAAGACCUUGGUGGAAUCCUACUCGUCGACACAUCAUCCACAAUCAAACAACAACAACAGGUCACAAUUGACAAGAUUAUCGAACAAAAUGACUUUGCAAAGUUGGAUAACAAUCCAUAUCUUGUAGUCAAUAUACUAAAGACAUUAUUGAGACGAAGUGAUAUAAUCGAUAGGAAUACAUUCCAGAUGUUGAUAAUGAGUAUGGCCAUCAGGACCAAUGAGAAUCUCAAUCUGUUUGUGAUCAGAACACUCCUAUGCAGUUUACCACGCGACUCCUAUUCAGCACUCGAACAUCUCUUUGCCUUUAUCCUCCGAUUCAGUAUGGAUACCAAUACAUCACUCACAUCAGUUGCAGAACUAUUCACACCAUUGAUAUUCCCAUUGAGUGAGGCUGAGAGUCUGGCACAUCAACAACAACUACCACAACAAGUACAACACCAGAGGUCUGAGGAUGAGAUAUCCAUGGUCUCAUCAACGCCUUCGCCAACAAUGUCAGCCUCAGCCUCAGCCUCAGCUUCACCAUCACUUCGCUCAACAUCAUCCUCGCCAUCCCUGCGCUCAACUUCAUCCUCAUCAUCACUGCGCACAUCUGAUAACAACAACAAUAGUACCAACAAGUAUAAACAUCGAUCUCGAAGUGUAAUCAUCCAGCUUCUCAACAACUACAGGACGUGCUUCAGUCGCGACCCGCUCACAUUCAAACAUACCGAGUCGGUCGGCCAAUCAAACCACAUCUUCUACGACACGGCCGUCGCCAUCGAUGAGGACGCAAGCGGCGGCGCAUGGCCCGCGCACUACAAGUCCAUCAAGGCCGAGGCAAUCGACAUGGCCAUCGCCAGACUGCUGGUCCGCCAGUGUCUGGCCAGCACACAGCGUCUCUCUAACAUAUACCUCAACUCCAACUUGCUCAAGGACAGCCACAUCCGCGAACCAUUCAACUACGACAAGUACAUCUAUCACAACCAGUUGUCAUUGAUGAUCCAGUUCCUGCACAAUUGUCAACGCUUCAGUAAUCAGCAGCAGGGCGCGGCGGCAGCCCCACCCCACACCGAGUCCUGCAUCGACUCAAACAUCGAUCGUCGACGAUUCAAGCUCAAGUUGUCGGUGGAAGCCAAGCUCAGCAUAAUUUCCAAGCACAUUGUGUCAAUGGCACAUCACAUCGAUGAUGAAUGCCCUCGCGACAUGAUCCAAAUGGUCGGUUUGCUGUCCGACAUGAUGAUCGAGGACUUGUCAUCUGAGGCACUGGCGCCCGAGCUAAGACUGGCCGCCCAGGAAUGUCUGGCGCCCGUUGCCAUCCUGGAUACUACAGCACCCGACUCUCCUCCCUUUGGCGAGGAGGCCCUUCAGGACCUGACAGCACGCCUGCACAUGCUGGGUCGCUACCUGGACCGCGACCUGCGGUCCGUCGCUGGCAACAUUGCGGGCGACCUUGACGUGGAAAGCGAGCAGGCCAACAGCAAACUCUCUCAGCUCGCCAAGGUGCUGCGUCGCCUGUGUCGACACGUGGAGUCAUUGGCCCUUCUGUGGAUGCCCAUCAUCGAGUUUGAGGCGCAGCACUGCCGCCCCACUCACCUGUACAAAGAGGUGUAUGAUGGCUACUCAUUGAUUGACGCUGUGUGCAAGGAGGUCGAGUUGAUGCUGGUCAAUCAGAAGGCGGCAUCAGAGGAUCUGGUGACCAUUGCCCGAGUCCUAAAUCGGUUGACCAAGGCACUGCAUCGAUACGAGUCAUCGUCCUCAGUGGCCGACAGCAUGGGCGAGAUCAACGGUAGCUUUGGUGGAAGCAGUAGUAUUGGCAGCAGCAUUGGAAUGAGCAUAAGUGGUAGCAUGGGUGGUGGUGGCGACAGUGGCAGCAGUAGUAGCAACAGCAGCACCAACAGCACGCCAACAACAUCACCUCGCAAGCAAUACACCUCUGGCUCACUCUCGCCCAAGUCAACAAUCUCAUCAGCAUCAUCAUCAACAUCAACUUCAUCAACGUCGGCAACAUCAUUAUCAUCAUUCCAAUUCAUUAUGAACAAGAAGGAGUUGAUGAUAGCAUUGUACAUUCAGCUGGACCUGCUCAAGAGCAGCUUGGAUCAGUGGCGACGACUGUUGCAUCCAAGGACACCGUCCAGUGGCGUGCUCAGACAUCAUACGAGGGUCAGCUUCAUCAUCAACGCCCUGUCACAGCUGCCAAUCUUUACACGAUACACAUCCCAUCCCUAUUUUACCAGUCGGUCACUCGAGCCCUUGUCCGCACAGAACCGAUCGUCCACCAAACUCACACUCCUACUGGCUCAGAAGCAGACAUCAUUGAGCAAUGCCAAUGUCAAAGUUAAGAAUCUGGUCAAUGUUAUAAAUACAUACCUGUGUCCAACUUAA